AAAGGGCAACAAUGUCAGACGUCAUAUGUGAUCUCAGCCAUCUGGCGAGUAAUUCUUUCUCAUUCAGUUCGGCCUCGUCGUUGAGUCGAAGCCAUUGCAGGUCCGGCUAUUUUUCGCCCUUAAACCGAAGCUAUUUAAUUUAUCUCCAAUAUGGGAUUUAUUAAAGUGGUCAAGAACAAAGCCUACUUCAAGAGGUUCCAAGUCAAGUUCCGCAGGCGCCGUGAGGGAAAGACCGAUUACUAUGCCCGCCGUCGUCUUGUAGUUCAAGACAAGAACAAGUACAACACCCCGAAGUACCGCAUGAUUGUUCGUUUCACCAACAAAGACAUUUGUUGUCAGAUAGCGUACGCUCGUAUUGAAGGAGACGUGAUUGUUUGUGCUGCAUACAGUCAUGAACUUCCUCACUAUGGUGUCAAGGUUGGGUUGACUAACUAUGCCGCAGCAUACUGUACUGGACUUUUGCUCGCUAGAAGACUUUUGAGGAAGUUUAAAUUAGAUACCAUCUACCAAGGCUGCACAGAAGUUACUGGUGGAGUUUUCAAUGUUGAGGAUGUUGAGGAUGGACCAGGUGCAUUCCGCGCUUGCCUCGAUGUCGGUUUGGCUCGCACUACCACCGGUGCACGCGUAUUCGGUGCCAUGAAGGGAGCCGUCGAUGGUGGCAUUGACGUUCCCCAUAGCACCAAACGUUUUCCUGGUUACGAUUCCGAAUCGAAGGAGUUCAAUGCCGAGGUUCACCGCAAGCACAUCAUGGGCUCCCAUGUUGCCGACUACAUGCGCCAAUUGUUGGAUGAGGAUGAAGAAGCUUACAAAAAGCAAUUUUCUCAGUUCAUCAAACACGGAUUAGUUGCCGAUACCAUCGAAGCCAUGUACAAGAAAGCCCAUGAAGCUAUCCGAGCUGACCCCGAGAGGCAAAAGUCGACCAAGGAUCCAUCCAAGAUCAAGAAGAAGCGCUGGAACGCCAAGAGGCUUACUCUGAAAGAACGCAAGGCUCGCGUUGCUGCCAAGAAGAAGGCAUUCCUUUCCAAAUUGGAAGCUUCUGGCGAAGCCGACGAAUAAAACUUAAGAUUUUGUUCGACUGUUUCUCUGUGCUUUACGAUCUAUUACACCGAUGGAUUGUAGCCAUGAA